CAAAAAAUAUACCAAAUAUGAUCUCAAAUAUUGUGUAAUAAUAUGUGUGUAGUUAGUAAUGAAGUGUAGUGCUUAAAUGUAUGUAGAUUGGAAUUUAUUCAAUGUGAUGUGGUUUUAAUUAGUAAUGUAGGAUUUUGUGGGUAUAUAGCUGAUAUUUCUAAUGUUAUUUUCAUAGAAUAAUUAUCAGAGUAGCUAUCAACUUGAAGACAAUAAAAUGUAUACAGAAAACUCUUUACUGUAAUAAACAAUAAACGUAAGAAAUAGUGCGGUACACUAUAUACUGUUUUAAAGACGAAAAACAGUAAACAAUUAAUUAACUAAAACAUUAAAAAAUAAUGUCAAAACACGAAGGAAAAACAUAGGACCAAAAACAUCACCCUGUGGUACUCAAUACAAAAACUGAGUAGAAUCAACUAAAUCCAAAAUGGCGUCGUCGAACGGCAAAGAUAGUUCGAAAAUGACGACGUCUGUUGACAGUUUGAAGUUGUCAAGCAAGAAUACGUCAAGGAACUCGUCAAAACAUGCGUCAUCGGAGUCAGUGCUAUCGAAGAAGGAAAAGGAGUCCAUGCAGAUGCAGGAAUGUAAGAAGAAGCUGUUGGGCAUGGAACCACAGGUCAUCAUCAGAGAUGACAACGUGCUACUCAAGUCACCACCGCAGAAAAAGAUCGUCAUGCCACCAACCAUCAACCCUGAGGAACUGGCAGCAUCAACUCCUACGCAGCGCAACUGGCGCGGGAUCCUCAUAGCGCUGCUGGUGAUAGCGGCGGUGCUGGCGUUGAUCGUGUUCAGCAUCGCGCUGCUCACCCCUGCCGGCGACGGAGGCCGCGUGCGCGGGCGCAGACCCACGCUGCAAUCGCUCACGCAGCUAAUAUAUAAACCCUUCAAUGGCAGUUGGCUAACAGACGAGGAGCUGGUGUUCCGCGACCGCUGGGGCGGGCUCACGCUGUUCAAUGUACGCAACUACACCACCAGGCUGCUUAUGAACAACUCCACCUUUAGGGAGCUAAACGCAGUCGACUUCAAGGUGUCACCAGAUCUCAAAUUCGUGCUGUUAAUAUCUGAUGUGCUACCAGGGUGGAGGCACGUGCGAAUGGCACGGUACCACGUAUAUGACAUUAUCAACAGGAACAAGAUCCCGAUCUCGCACGUAGAGGACGACCGAUCAGCGCCGCUGCUGCAGUACGCCGAGUGGUCACCCACCGGCAGCAGCCUCGUCUUCGUGCACGACAAUGACAUCUACUACAAGCCCUGGGUGCUCAAGAGGCUCAUCUGCAGGAUCACCAACACUGGUGUUCCUGGAGUGAUCUGGAACGGCGUGCCAGACUUCCUUUACGAGACUGAAGUGUUGCGCCUGGACCGGGCGUUGUGGUUCAGCCCAGACGGUCAGAACCUCAUGUACGUCACCUACAACGACAGCCUGGUGCAGAAGCACAGGUAUUCCUGGUACGGCCUGGACUUGCAGGAGCCGCCAGCCUAUCCGAGCAUACUCACGCUCUGGUAUCCCAAGGUUAACACCAACAACCCGGUGGCGACGGUGUACGUAGUGAGCCUUAAAACCCCAAAGUUCCUGUUCCCGCACGCUAUACAGUUCACCUCACAAGUUGAUAAAGAAUGGUACGUGCGCUGGACGACGUGGAUUUCGGAGAAACAAAUUGCUGUCCUGCUGCUCAACCGACCGCAGAAUGUCUCCAUCAUCAGCAUCUGCAACGCCAACACUUACAACUGCCAGGAUAUCUACCGCGACGAAUCCGACGGCUCGCGCUGGUCUGGCCUCGGCUCCGACCCUGUAGACGACGACUGCGGCUGGUGCGGGGGCGGAGCCCUGCUCGGCGGUAAGGGCGGAGUCUUCACCACGGCGCCGGUGGCGGACCAGCCUGGCACCUGGAGGCACGCUGUCAGGGUCUCCCAGGAUGCGAAGACUACUCUGACACAAGGGAUGUUUGAGAUCACGCAGUUGGUUGGGUGGGAUGAGCGGAGGCGGCUGCUGUACCUGAUCGGCACAGCUCCAGAGAAGGCUGGCGAGCGUCAUCUAUACCGGGUAUCGGUGCCUGCUGACUCCGCAACCUGGCCUGAACCAGCCCACUGCGUCACGUGCCCCGAUAUGGACCCUCUGCCACCUGAUUCCACUGUUGAACCUACUAGCGAAGACCCGGAUCAAGAGAACUCCACGUCCCCGCUGCCGGCGUGGCCGACGUCGACAGUGCUGCCCCACGUGUCUGAUGAGAAUGACUCCCUGCCGACGGAGUGCCUCUACAACAGAGUCAUCUUUAGCAAGAACUUCUCUUACUUCGUACAGGAGUGCCUGGGCCCUGGCCCGCCGGUGUACCUGCUGUGCACAGCAACUGGUGAGCGGCGCGCUGUACUGUGGGACGGACAGCCCCUGAGACAGAAAUACGCCGGCCUCGCCGCGCCGCAGUCCAAAGUGUUUAGAGUCGAGGUACAAGCGGAUCGUGAAGCUCGCGUCCGUCUGUUGCUACCACCAGGGUUUAGAGAAACUGACGACUUGCCGCUGCCACUUGUACUGCAUGUCUCCGCAAAACCAGGAGGCCAGCUGGUGACAGAGAAAUGGAAGCCAGACUGGGGUUGGUACCUGGCGGCGGCAAGGAACUUCAUCGUGGCAGAGAUCGACGCAAGAGGCGCCGGCGGACAGGGCGAGGAGUUGCGGACGGAGAUCUACCACAAGCUGCUCACUGUCGAUGUGGAGGACCAGAUCGCUGUGCUCUCCUACCUCCGAGACAACCUGAAGAUGGUCGACGGCAGCCGCGUGGGCGUGUGGGGGCAGGGGUACGGCGGCGGCGCGGCCACGGCGCUCGCAGCAGAUGAUGUCAGAAAUGUCACUAGAUGUCUGGCGGUCGUCGCACCGCUUACUGACCUCAGGCAUUAUAAUUCCUACUGGACGGAGCGCUACAGCGGCUACGGCUCGUCAUGGGCGGGGGCGUUGAGCGUGAGCGCGGUGUGGCGGAAAGCGGGCAACCUGCCGCCACGCCGCCUGCUGCUGGCGCAUGCUACCGCUGACGUUGUGGCCCCACCACACCAAGCAUUAGCCCUCGCAAGGGCUCUCAUCAAGGCUAAUGCUGUUUAUACGCAUCAGGUGUACCCAGACGAAGGCCACAACUUCGAGCGUUCUCAUAUCCACCUUUACAAAUCGAUGGAGCAGUUCUUCGACGAAUGUUUCGGCCCAGUGGAGGUGGCAGAUUGGGACGCCGGUGGGGUAGGGGGGCUGUUCCCCUUCCGGGACUAGCUAGAAUGUGACUGCUGGUAAACAUAGCCGGGAUUUGGCCGAAGGUUACCGGUUUUUACCGGUACUUGGCGAGUCGUUACCGGUAAUUGGCGAGUGGUUACCGGUACUUGGCUAACUGGGACGGUGUUUACCAGUACUUGGCCUACUUGGCCUUGAAGACUUUUCGUGAUUCUUGCUAUGUGUGAUCUUGGCAAGGUGCAGUCUUUUCGUGUUCUUGGCAAUGGGACCUUUGUUAUGAAACUUAUGUGAUAAUGUGCAGAAUCUUGGCCAUUUGAUGAUCUUGACAAGAAGAAAAGUGUAAUAAGAACUAGGCUUCUAUAAAUGACAAGCUCUUGGUGAAAUGAUUAUUUAUUAGCUUGGCCGUGCGUCUUGGCAAGAGAGCUUUGUGUAGAGGAGUAGGUAGUCUUGACAAUGCAACGUGUCAAAUAUCUUGGCGUACUAAUAAUUCGUAAUUCUUCCCUAAAAUUUGGGAUCUUGAAAAUACCCAAUUAAAACGAAUAUUUGACAUUUUAUUUAACAGGAUUAAAACAAAUAAUCUCCUGAAAAACUGUAUUUAUCAAGAACAAAAUAAGUAUCAUUAUCAAAAUCGACCAAAUUUUUUAAUUUACUUACCAUUGAUGAUUGAAAGGAUUCUUUUUCAACUCAAAAAUUGCGAAAAUGGUAACAGACAUUAUUAAUUGGGUAUGUUGUUAAUAUUGUAUGUAAUAAAAUAGAAUAUUAUUAUUUAUUUUUAAUUUUUCAGUCCAAAACGACAUUAUCAUUUUUUUUUAAUAUCUCAUGUAAAUUUCCAGUAAACCUUUUAAAAUAUAUUGUUAAUUGAUGACAUUUAUUAGGAUAAAUUGAACGAAAAACUAUUAGAAGAAUUGCCAAAAUUUGACUUCCAAAAUGGUUAUUAUGAGUGAGUUAAAAAAAUAAUCACCAAAAUAAAGCAUUAAAAACAUCAUGUCACAGAAAUAAAUAAGUCGACAAUUUUAUCAAAAACUGGCAACAUUCACAGCAACUCUUCUCUCUGAUUGGUUUAUUCCGUGUAAUGUUGCCAGUAAAUAGCAAAAAAAAACUCUAAUACGACCAAUUGUAUUGAAAAUUAUAAUCUGGAGUGGAUUUAUAGAAAGGGAUGAAAAUAUUUAAUCAUAAUGGUGCAUAGUAGAGGUAUACAUACGGAUGGACAGAUUAUUAUAGUUAUUAGUAAGCCUAAACAAAUUGCUAUAUUAAAAAAAACUUUAUUGUCAAACCGUUGGUGUUUAAGAUCUUUUGAUGUGUAGACGUUAUUGGUGAACAAUAUGUAAAAAUAAAAGAUAAUUAUUUAGUUAUUUGAUGUAUUAGUCUUCCUAGAGUAAAUAAAUUUGAAAAGGUUUAUUCAAUUAGUGGCUCGGUGUAUUAUAAAAAAAAACAUAUUCGUUUAUUCCGCUACAUUCACAGGUCUUAAUAAAUUAAAAAUAAUAAUUUCAACGGUAACAAGCUCGCCUCCUAUUAAAUAGAGCUUGAACAUAGGUAGCGACGAGUGGGUGUACAUUAUUAUACACCACUGCCUAUCCCUUCGAGGAUACAGGCAUGAUGCUUAAAAAAAAUUAGAACACGCUCAGCUACUUGAUAUCCCAGUCAUGUCGUGUAAACCGACAACCUGUAGUUAGGGAUUUUGACAACAUUCCGUAUUAACUAGUCACUCUACUCAUAUUUGCUUUUCAAUGAGGGGGUCUAAAAAGGCCAUAUUGAAGCAAUUCAUCUUAAAAAGCAAUAUUGCUUUUUGGAAUUUGUAGUCAUUGCGCACUUACUUCUACAUGCGUAACUGUCAAAUUGCAAUAUUGGUUUCAGAGGAAUUGCUUCAAUGUGGCCUUUAGACAUAUUGAAUGUUUAAUUGAGGCAAAAAAUAAACCUAGUCACUAAUUGCAAAGAGUUGUUCACCAAUUCCGUCACUUUAGGGAGUAUACUCCUGACGUUUUCUUAUGAUUAAGAUAAGAGAAGCUCUAUUUUAGUGUAUCGUAUCACUCUAUUUGGGGGGUCUAAAACGGCCACAUUGAAGCAAUUCAUCUAAAAUUCAAUUUGAGACUUCGUCAUAUAAAAGUCAGCGUGACAUGUCAACGAAUGUCAAAUAUCAAUUUUGCUUUUUUAGAUAAAUUGCUCCAAUGUGGCCUUUUUAGCACCCCUGUACUCGCUUUCGGUGUCAGUCUAGCUUUAACUAACUGUAUAUGUCCCCUUUUCGUAGUAUAUUUGGAGACCGGUACAGCGUAACUUUUUAUAUGCAAGACAAGGAAUAGUGGUAUAUUAUACUAUACACCUCUACCUACCACUUUGGGGAUACACGCGUGAUGUUGCUAUUGGAUAUUGGAUGAGACCUACAUAGAUGAAGUUACGCUGUAUUUGCGUUUAAGACCUUUCUUGUCAUAAAACUUCUACUUAUCAAAAACUCUAUAUUUUGUCCACUCUAGAUCUCUUCUAUACCUAAGUGUACCUAAAUCUAAUUAAUUUCUAAAUCAUCUUAAUUCUAGUCAUUUUGUAUAUUAAGUUGAGAAUAGAAAUAAAAAUAUCCAAUGACAAUAGAAGAAAAUGCUUAAAUGUAAAAUAAAAUAUACAGUAUUAAAUGGAAAUUAUUUGCUGAUAAAGAAAUUUAAUUAGUUUUAAUAAACUAAAUCUUUGGAGUUAUUUCAAAAAGCCUAAAAUUUAUUUAUUUAUCUAUUUUAUUAUAAAAUAUUUAGUUUGUAACUCAUAUUUACAAGCAGCUUUACAGGAGUCUAGAUUUAUAAUCAAAUUAACAGUCGGUAAGGCGUUUUCACUAUAAUACUUAUAGCUUGUUUUGUUUACAGAAUAAUUAUUUUCCCUGAUGUGUCUUUCGCACAUCAUCCUCAUUUUAAGGGUGUAGGGACCCCAGUCUAGUUCCUACCCGUUACCUAGAUGGCGUACGUAUAGCAUAUUCAGUGUAAAACGUAAAUAAAUUAGUCUUUUUCUCAUUUAACCUUAUUUCUGAGGCUUAAUUUUAUUUGUGCCACAAGAGGUAAUGGUGCUAAUUCCUGUAGACGCCAUCUAAUUUUAUUUUAAGUUAUACCUGUCAUUUUCUUAUCCGUUGAAAAAGAAAGGGACGGGUAAUCGACAGGCAUAAAAUUUAUGGAAUACACGUCAAUUUUAAGCAGAAAUCUAAAACAACCGUCUAAAUAUUUUACAUCAGCUAAUAACCCAACAGAGUUAAGUAGUCAGCACGUCAAACGGAUUACAUACCAGCGAGAUGCCUAUUUUAUUAGCCCUGGUUAUUCAUUCGUUUUACAAUUAACUUGUUGACAAUCAUCCGUCCCUUUCCUUUUCGGCGGAUAAGAAAAUGACGGGUAUAACUUAAAAUAAAAUAAGGUGUCUGCAGGAAUCAGGGCCAAUAUAACAAUGUAUUUUCUUUAAAUCAUUGAUUAAAUAAUAUAUUAUACAUUCCCAUACAAAACUAAUUUAAUUUACUAAUUUUCUGUAUUUUAUGUUAUAAAUAAACGAAAAUAUGUAUUUUCUAAUAAUAAGUAAUAAAAAUAACAUUUAAUUAGGAAAAAAUAUCAAUAGCUUCAGAACCAACCUAAAGAACCUAAACCUGAAGAAAUUAGGAAGGGUUUAUAGAAGGGUUUAUAUAAUAUUUUUUUUGUUUGUAGGUUCUCUAGUCCUUCAAGUAGUGGCAAAAAGGUGUAGAGCUCAUUUGGCUUAGUUUAUUUAUGACAUAAAAAAAUAUUUCGAUCACCACCGGUUGUGAAUACACUUACGCCAUCUAUUGUCGCCGAAAAUUAUAUACUAAAGGUCCCAACACCCUUAAGAGCCACGCUUUUGUCGGUGGAACAUUCUCUAUGCUACUUUUUAGGGAAAUAUAGGGCAGUGGUUUCACACAUGACAUACCAUAUUUUGUCUUGUCAAAAUCAAGCUAUUUAGGGUGAUGGGUGACUGUUAAUUUUAUUGAGAAAACUGUCUUAAUGAUUACUCCUAUUUCUGGAUUUCUUCUCAAUUUUUAAUCACCCUCCUACUUACCUCCACCCCUAAAAGUUGUUAAAAAUUGUUCAUUCGAUGUUAAGACUAAAAUAUUAAAAAUGUGAUAGGUGUUUAUUUACUUGUUUAAAUAAAAUUGACCAUUUAAAUGUUUGAGGCAUAAAACAUUGGAAAAAUUGUGUAAAAAUGUCAGUUUUACUGUAUUUUUGUAUUAUAAAUAGUUUUUUCUUUAAAGUAAAUGUAAUGAGAUGUAUGAUUAUGCCAAACGGUGUAAAAGUAUUGAGUAAUAAAUAAUAGUGUAUGUAUUACUUGUUACACGUAAGUAGAUGCUAUUCGAUUUCAUUAUUUUCCAGAAUCCUAAUUCUAAGUAAUGAGCAUAAAAACUAGAAGCUCAAAUAUAGGUGGCAGCACUGUUGAAUGUCCUAAAUUUUGACAGUUCUCCAUGCUGUCCAACUGUGUAGCAACAUUCAAAAAUGUGGAGCAAACCAGAGUGUAUCCCAUCUGUAAGAUGAGUUACGAAAAAGGAAAGCAGCCAACAGUUGGAAAUAGACAAUUUUGAUUGAAAAUAAGUUUUAAGUUUCUUUCCGAUCUUUAGUGAAAAACACUAUGAUUUUGCAAUUAAACGCAGCGCAAAGCGUUAUAGUGUACAAAAAAUAUCAACCAAAACAAUAAUAAUAUGUUUGUUUACUCAAAUAGUAUGGGGAACUAUCAAAAUUUAAGAACACUCAACAGUAGCGACACCAGAUGUGGCAAAACCUCAUUGGCGUGGCAAAACUCUCUCCAUAAUAAAUUAGCGCCUAUUCCAUACUUACGAUCCGCUCAGAAAUUUCUAAAUCUUUACGCUGUUAUUGGUGCUAAUUCCUGUAAACACCAUCUAAUUUUAUUUAAAGUUAUAUCUGUCAUUUUCUUAUACGCCGAAAAGGAAAGGGACGGGUAAUUUUAAGCACAAAUCUAAAACAACCGUCUAAAAAUUUUACAUUGGCCAAUAACCCGACAGAAUUAAGUUGACAGAACACGUCAAACUGUUUGCAUACGAGCGAGAUACCUUUUUGAUUCGCCCGGGUUAUACAUUCAUUCAUUCUUCCUAAAAUUAAGAGCUGUCAAUCAUCCGUCCCUUUUCGGCGGAUAAGAAAAUGACAGGUAUAACUUAAAGUAAAAUUACGAGGUGUCUGCAGGAAUCGGGGACAAUAUCAUAAUUAAAACACAUAAUACCGGGUUCUUACCACGGUAAUCAGAUAUCUGUUGUCCACAGUCGACAGUCGUCCCGUAAUCAUGGCACUUGCAACAGUGUUGAAAUAUCGGGACUCUCAUAUGUACCUAUAUCGGUUUUUAGUAAGAUUAUCCAUGCUUCGGAAUACACGUUAAGCUAUCGGUCGCGGUUACUAUUUCCUUCAGUAAGUACGUAGUCAUUACAAGAGGCUUUUGGCGGCUCAACAGUACCCUGACACCAGGGUUGAUGAGGUCAGUUAUUGAUCUGACAAUCCACACGAAAGAAGACUAAUUUAUGAUUAUGAAAGGAGUUUUGUCUGUCCGUACGAAAUUGCGGUAAUCCUUAAACGUUCAUAAAUGUAUUGUUUGACAUGAUUCAGUGGAUACUAUGUUUAAUAAAAUUAUGUUGAGAUGUUGUUUUUUAUAAAAAAAAAUAAACAUUAAAAAAGUUGUUCCCAA